AUGGAGAAGCACACAAUGCCCAAAACCCUAACAAUCCAUUAUUAUUCCAUAUUAAUGCUGUUAUUACACGCCACGGCAUUAUUAGCUGCUGGCGCGCCCCACAUUCACAAAACAACAUUAAUUUCUCCGAGGCCUGAAGCAGUGGAAAAAUGGCUGGGAAGCGUCCCCACCGCAGGGCCAAAAAAAAUAAGCAAACUCCGGUUCUACUUCCACAACCGGUGGAGCAGCAAGAAGCCGACGGUGGUCGGAGUGGCGGAGGCGAAUUCCUCAGCCGCAUCCCCGACAGGGUUCGGGCAGGUAGUUGUGAUGGACAAUCCGAUGACUGAAGGGCCCGAACCCGACUCGAAGAUGGUGGGGUGGGCGCGUGGGAUUUACGCUUCGACGGCGAUGGAGGAGAUUGGGCUGCUGCUGGUCACCAGCUUUGUGUUCAACGACAGGGAUGGGAGCACCAUCAGCGUGGUCGGCCACAAUCGGAUCUUACAGAAAUACAGGGAGAUGCCGGUGGUCGGAGGCACGGGUCGGUUCCGGCUGGCGCAGGGGGUGCUCACUGUACGGACUCUAUGGUUCAACACCAUUACAAAUAACGCUGUCGUUGAGUGUAAUCUCAUGCUCCUGCAUUAA